CGCGCCGCCGUCCUCAGCGCGUACGUCAUAAGCCGGCGCCGCCGUCGCUAAGGAAGAGGUAGAGAGCAGCACCGCUGCGAGGCCGAAGCCGAACAGAAAAGCCCGGAGCCGAACAACCUACCCUAUGUUCAUUCAUCCCAGCUUAAAGAAAUGAGUGUCCAGUAUAGCAUUCUCUUCAAACAAGAACAAGCUCAUGAUGAUGCCAUCUGGUCGGUUGCCUGGGGCUUGAACCAAAGAGAGAACUCUGAGAUGAUUGUCUCAGGAUCCCUGGAUGAUCUAGUCAAAGUGUGGAAGUGGAAAAAUGAGAAGCUCGAGUUACAGUGGAGUUUGGAGGGCCAUCAGUUGGGUGUGGUUUCCGUGGACAUCAGUCAGACCGGGGCCAUCGCCGCAUCCAGUUCACUUGAUGCUCACAUCCGUCUGUGGGAUUUAGAAAAUGGCAAACAGAUGAAGGCUAUCGAUGCAGGCCCUGUGGAUGCCUGGUCCUUGGCUUUCUCACCCGAUUCCCAGUUUUUGGCUACAGGAAGCCAUGUGGGGAAAGUAAACAUUUUUGGUGUGGAGAGUGGGAAAAAGGAGUACUCUUUGGAUACAAGAGGGAAAUUCAUCCUCAGCAUCGCCUACAGUCCUGAUGGGAAAUAUCUGGCCAGUGGCGCCAUAGAUGGAAUCAUUAAUAUUUUUGAUAUUGCAACUGGAAAACUUCUGCAUACGCUUGAAGGCCAUGCAAUGCCCAUCCGCUCUUUGACCUUCUCCCCAGACUCUCAGCUCCUUGUCACGGCUUCAGAUGACGGCUACAUUAAGAUUUAUGAUGUACAGCAUGCAAAUUUGGCGGGUACACUGAGUGGCCACGCAUCCUGGGUGUUAAAUGUUGCGUUCUGUCCUGAUGAUAUUCACUUCGUAUCUAGCUCAUCAGACAAAAGCGUCAAAGUUUGGGACGCUGGGACGAGAACUUGUGUCCACACCUUUUUUGACCACCAGGACCAGGUCUGGGGAGUGAAAUACAAUGCAAAUGGCUCCAAAAUUGUGUCGGUUGGAGAUGACCAAGAGAUUCAUAUCUAUGACUGUCCAACUUAAGCCCCCUCCAGACCGGCCAUUACAGUUCUCACACCGGUCCUUGGGGUUGAUGCGUUCGCCUUGACCUUUACACUCAAGACACACAGUUUGAAUCUGCUGGACCAUCCCUGGCCCAAUCUGCUGGAUGUGAAUUUGCAUUCCUCUCCCUUUGCAGAUGGGGCAUUUUUCAACGGAUCCCUUUUUCCCACCAAUUCCUAGGGAAGCAAAACAAAAAUGCAAUUUAUGAUCUUCUCAGAGUCAAUCGGAGCAAGAACUCUGAAAGCUCUGGGCAGUGGCCACAUGUUUAAGUUUUGGCUGUUCCUUAGAAAACAUGACAUAAAGACUGAAAUGGAAGACUCAAGUCAAAGAAACAUCUCUACCUAAAAUAGCUACCAAGUUGAAUCGAAUAUUUUGUUUUGGUCUGACACAUCCUGAAGACCACCUGAAAAUUAAGGAGUUUUUUGCUGUUGUUCAGUCAUUUUUCAGUCAUGUGCAACUCUUCGUGACUUUUUGUGGGGGGUAUCUUGGCAGAGAUAGUGGAAUGAUUUGCCAUUUCCUUCUCUAGCUCAUUUUUUACAUGAGGAAUUGAUACCAAUGGGAUUAAGUGACUUGCCCAGGGUCACACAGCCAAUAAGACUGAAUCCAGAGUUGAACUCCAGAAGAUGUCUUUCUAACUCCAGACCCCAAAUUCAAUCUGCUAGUUACAAAAGUUUUCUUGCUUUUUUAAAAUGUGUACUAAUAAAUGCAUAGACUUUGAAGGGGAUGCAGGUAUUCAAUUUAUACUUUGUGAGAAACUGUAUAUAAUAAUGAAAAGAGGGGUGUGUAGGUA